CAUCCGCCUGAAGCGCUAUUGGUAUGGUGCUUUGCGUAUAGUUCAGUCAUUCGGCAGUGGUCGGUUUGUGAGCUCCGAAUUGUUUUGUGUUAACGAAAAAAUGACACAAAGAAGGAUGUAGAAUCUAUCAUAUCCAUCAUUUUAAUUAAUUUCACGUUCUGCUGCAGUGUCAGUAACUGUGAAAUAAUCUCCCAAUUGCCAUUCAACUGUUAUAAAUCCAGUAAUGCAUUAAAGUUGUCGCGAACGUGUUGGAGGGUUACGUACAAGUGAAAUGAAAGUUGUUCGUCGUGUCUUUGACCUAAUUUAGUUCUUCGUGUCUUUAAGAAAUAAUGUACAUUCCAAAAUAGGAUAAAUUCCUUAUAUAAUAAUAGUCGCACAGAAUAGCAUAUUGCAGUCAGUACGCGAGUGAAAUAAAAAUUUAAAUUGCUGUGAUGACGAGUGCGGACAAACGUGACGUAAUCCGAGUUGGAUCUCGGAAAAGCGAGUUGGCCUUGAUUCAGACUAGAUACGUUAUAAAAUGUUUAAAAGAAUAUCAUCCGAAAAAAGAAUUCGAAAUAGUCACAAUGUCUACCAAAGGAGAUAAAAUCUUGGACAAGUCUUUACCAAAAAUUGGAGAGAAGUCUUUAUUUACAGAAGAAUUGGAGCUGGCUCUAGAAAAUGGCCGUGUGGAUUUUGUAGUGCAUUCUUUAAAAGAUUUACCUACAUUAUUGCCAGAGGGAAUGGCUUUAGGUGCAAUAUUAAAGCGUGAAGAUCCACGAGAUGCUGUUGUUAUGUCUAAGAAAUAUAAAGGCAAAACAUUAUCUACAUUACCUGAAGGUAGUGUAAUUGGUACCAGUUCGUUGCGUAGAUCAGCUCAAUUAGCUAGGAAUAUGCCACAUUUAAAAGUAGAGAAUAUUCGUGGUAAUUUAAAUACUAGAUUAAAAAAAUUGGAUGAUGAGGAUGGACCCUAUGCAGCUAUUAUUUUGGCAGCUGCUGGGUUGAAAAGAAUGAAUUGGGAAGAUAGAAUAAGUCAGUUAUUAGAGCCAGAGGAAGCAUUGUACGCUGUAGGGCAAGGUGCAUUAGGAGUUGAAUGUCGGGAAUCAGAUUGGAAAUUAUUGCCCCUUUUGGAGCCACUGUAUGAUGUAGAAACAACAUUAAGAUGUGUAUGCGAACGUUCCUUCUUAAAAACAUUAGGUGGUGGAUGUUCUGCACCAGUUGCAGUUUCUUCAAUGUUAAAGGACAAAGAGCUUACUAUUACCGGUGCAGUGUGGUCUUUAGAUGGGCAAGAACUGAUCAAGGAUACUUUGAAAAGUAAACUUUAUAUACCUGAUGAUGAUGGUAAACCUCCACGGAAAUGUCCAUAUCGGGAACCGCAACUAUAUUGUAGCGUAGCACCUGGUAAAGUUAGCAGUAUAAGUUUAAUGGGUGCUGAACAACUUGGGAAAGACCUAGCAAAGUGCCUUAUAAAAAAAAAUGCUCUCGAUAUCAUGACACAAGCUAGAAAUGAAAUAUUGAAUUCAAAAUAGAAUCGGCAAAUAUUGUUAUAAGAAUUAGUUUUUCUUGAUAAUGAAAGGUCAUAUAGAAUUUCAAAUGGUUACCAAUAAUUGGUUUGAUUGACAACAUAAAACGCAUGUACAAUUAAUGAACACAUCACAUUAACAUUAGUACAAAGGACAGACACAAUAAUCUUAUUUUACAAUCAUAUACAUUAUACUUAAUUUAUAAUUGUUGUUAUAUUUAUUGUUUCAUUUGUUACCUCAUAUUUUACAGCCAUUUUGGCAGAUGUAUUUAAAAGAAACAGUUGAAUUCCGCUCUCUUCGCCAAAGAGAAAACUUAUUCAUAUAUACAUUGUACAUACAAAAUAUAUUGUACAGAAUUUAUUCAUAGUAAACACAGUUUGAGUGCAAGUUAUACACUGCCAUAUUUUCAUUUUCUAAUGGUGCAACAUUUUAAACUGUAUAAUAGGGAUUAUAAUCUAUAAUGUGUUCUAUGAUUUUAAUAAAACCAUAAAUAUAUAAGUAAUGCCUAAAACUAUUCCAUACAUGCAUUUGCAGUUUUUGUUUUGUUUUUUUCUUUUAUUGCAAAUGUCAUUGUCAAGAAAACUAAUCUUUUAUACAAAUAUCUAGUAUUAUGUAUAUUAUAUAUGUAUAAUGAGAGAUAUUUAUAAAAUAUUAUA